AUGUCCAUUGCUAAUCUCAUCACCUUCAACUGGUCAUAUAUGCACAAGUGAACUAAUUGUGAUAUGUUAUUAUAAUCAGCUCAAAAAAACCUGAUGAUGGGGUCUCCUGCUCAGGGGCGGACUGACAACUCAUGGGGCCCCCGGGCAAUAGGGGAUCAUGGGACCCCUGUGUCCUUGCCCAAACUCAAAAAACCCUAUGAAAAAGGUACCAGGGGCAUCUCAUGGGGCCCCAUACUGACCCCGGGCCCUCGGGCAAUGCCAAGUUUCCAAAUGGUCAGUCCGCCCCUG